AUGUCUGCAGAGGGCGUCGGUGUCCUUCUACGCCGGUUUGUCGCUUUGUGCCAAAGGGAGUGUGAGAUCAGUCCACAUAACUAUCCAUUUAAUCGAUUACCGAGUGAAUGGUUACGUUUAUCUGAGGAUUUAACUACCCUUCUACAUUCUUGCCCGCCAUCACGACUUGCUAUUUUAAGUUUUGUUCAUCCUGUCAUCGUGGGCUAUCUACAUUCAAUUUCUAACAAACCUGUUGAUAUCUCUUCGCCUCUUAAACGUAAAAGUUUACCUUCUGCCACUCCUGUUGAAACAUUCAUUUUAGAAGUUUUGUCGGCUGCCUUGGAGGUUUGCAAAUGGGAGGCUUCCGCCCAAUAUCAGUCAAACUCUUUCACAGCAGAACUCUGUACAUUCGCUCUUGGUCUUCUGGCUCCAAUGCGUUCGCCUGCCUACUGCAAUUCGGAGUGUUCUAUGAAAAGGAAGCUUCGAAAUCACGGUGGUCCCGGUCCUUCCUCUGGUUUAAUUCAAAAGCGCUUCAAGGGCACGCCUUCAGGUCUAGCCAAUGCCAGUGAAGAUUCAGUUUCUGAAGUCGAUGACCUCUCUGGAAAUGAAAGCAGCGCCAGCCGAAAUUACGAGAGUGACUCAGAUGCUCUGGUCGUAAUUGAAGAUGACCUACAAGAACAUGUAAAAACCGGGGAAAAAGAGACUGAUAUUGCGCCUGAUUUACAUCCAAACAAGUUCAAUUUAGCCCUUCUUGGUAAAAUAUUUGCUUACUCUGAGGUUGUGAAACAAUUACUGCGGAUAGUUUUCACUUGUAUGGUCAGUCAACGCUAUUCCACAGCAGCCUCUGUUGAACGACUCGUGCUCUGUGCGGUGCCAGCUGAAGUUAGAUGUUCGAGUUUAUCCAUAUACACUCCUUCACAUGCAAUGGAUCGUACCGCUUGCGUUCCUCACUGGUGUAUAAAGUGGCUAAUCAAGCAGGUUGCUGAUGCUGUGGGCCAGAAUAGUUGUAAUCAAUCAAUAAUCGACCGGUUUUGUCGACACUUACUGGAUGUUUGCUUGCGCGGACCACAUAGAAACCCUGGGAUUGAGUAUUCUCGAUUUUGGGCUAUUACGGGGCUUGCCAAUCUUGUGUAUGUGGGGAUAUACUUUCCUUAUCAACUUCAUUCGUCCUUGACUAGCUGGUUAGAGGAGAAAUUUUCCGAAUUGGAUAAAGCAACACCUUUAACAUCUAAUCUGAUUCAUGUUCUGAUUUCGCUGAUUGUGCUUUCCCCAAGAGAUCCAUCAAAUUUAGAUGUGCUACCACAGAGAAAUCGACCAAGACCAUCGGCAUUGAGCGUAGCUCGUGGAUUUCUUUCACAUGAUUUUCAUACCACUUUUCCUUGCAGUCAUGCUAGAGAAUUUGUCAGUAUUUGUACAUCUAUGAGACAAAUCGCCCUGAAAACUGCUUGCCAUUUUCUGACGAGAUUAUUAGGGGAUUACAAGGCCAUGGAAUCUGUGAUUUUAAAACUGCUGAAAGGGAUUCCUAAUGGACCUUAUCAGGAUCUGGAAGAUGCUGUUGUUGAUGGCAUUUGUAGUGUUUCGGAGGAUUGUGCUCUUCAGUGUACUAAUCUGCUAAUCGCUAUCCACUCCGAUGCUCCUUCGUUCUCAAAAGCAUCGACAGUUAGUCAGGGCAUCCUCAGUAAAAUCUUAUCCCGAUUGGAGAGUUUCAUGUUUUAUAAAGAACGUAACAGGUUAUCUGAAGUCCCUUCCUUUUUAACAUCCGAUGUUAAAGCGGAAGACAAUAAGCUUAUGCAAAUGUUUAUGGAAAAGGGCUACUCAUUUGCUGGACUCCUCCUAACCAUUAUCUUCUCUUACUCUCGAAGUGAUGAACUUUCGCAGCAGUUCUUUAAAAGAAUAGUCCUUUGGAAUGUGGGUGAUACGAAGUACCAAGUGAAUAAAUCGGCUUGCCCUCUUCUCCAUUUCUUUUCCCUGCUUUCUGAAUGGAUUGGUUUAAACCGAGCCGAUUCAUCAACCACCCGAAAAUUUCUUAAGGGUUGCUUGGAAGACGUCCUAGAUACCAUAACAAAGCUUUGUUCUUGGGUUGAACGUAAAAAGGCGUUGGUUAAUAUACUUUGGCUGUUAAAACGUGAAGGCGCAUUUUUGAAAUCAGAAGACGGUGUACUGCGAGAAGCAUGGCUUAAUAACACUGUUAAUGUAGCUCUUCCGAAACUAACUGAUCUCUUACUAGUUAUGGUGGAGGAACCUGGGGAGUUAGCCGCAUUUGACGUGGCGUUGCGUAUCUUUGAGGAAAUAGACUUAAAUUUUCGAGGAUUCAGUCGAUCGCCUGCCGAUUCUAUUGUUAUUGGUCGAAUGUUAGCCUCUAUUUCUGCUGUCUUAUUGAGAAAGGUUGAUGAAACUACUUUUAAGACCCGAGAGAAUAUCCUUGGACCUUAUAAGAGGGUUCUUACUUUGCUGGAGGCCUUAUCGAACUCAAACAAACUGAUCCGAAGUUCUGCUCUGGUUCACCUUGCGCAGGCUGCUUGCAAGAGAUAUGUUCCAAAGGAACGUUUUCUGAUUUUUGAACCGUCUGUAGUUUCCACUCUCCAAGAUUCAGCCCAUUCGACAUCAGAUCUUCUCAUAGACAAUCCUCCCUCGGAACUAACAAACAAAGUCACUGUGACAAAGGGUCAACUUAUUCGUCGAAACCCAUCCGUUGCCAAUAGUGCCAAAGGUGAUGGAAAGGAUGAUAUCCACUCCUCAGAAUAUAAGCCAUCCACGGCUCUUUGGGUUCAUUUAGUUCGACGCCUAUUAAUGACGUCUGAAAUUGAAGAGUUUGAUUACGAAAAACAACUGUGCUUUGGAGGCACUCUGGAGGAUUGCAUUCUACCUCAUGGCAUGCAGCUUCGACAGACAGAUUUCGUGAAACUUAGCCCACCGUCACUACGUGGUUCUAAAGAUAUCCCUGAAUCACAACUUCAACAACAGAAUCCUGAUCAAUAUGAUCUUGGUUAUCAUUGGUUCCAGCUUAGACAAACGUAUCUCCACAUUCGAACCCCACCAAAGGUUCAACCUAAUGCAAAAGUGGUAAUCAAUGAGCCUUACGAGCCUGAUUUGGAUAGAAUUAUGGCGCUACUGCGAGUGUUUGUAUCUGAGUGGAGAGAUGGACGUCCUACCAAUAGCGAAAGAGUUCUAUGGGCUUUCCUCGACCUCCUCUUGUCGCCACCAAGUGAUAAAGCUAACUUAAAAGACUCCAGUCCCUUCCCAGCACCACGAUUGAUUCUUGGUCUUCUCUUGGGGCUAGAAGCAGCUUGGAAUUCUCCUCUAGCUCCACAAGUUCCUCUUCCAACAUUCGAGAAUGAAAAGGAAGUUCAGUCGACCCUUGGUGCCUUUCCUAUUCCCGGUUUCCCCGAUCUAGCCAAACGACGUGCCCGAAUGAUGGCAGUUAACAACGGCCACAGAGGCGUAGAUACAAAUUCCAAAUUAUACAAGGCAACUGAGUUUCUUGUCACUCGUUUAGCGCAAUACCCCUACAUUCCUCCUUCAAAAAAAGAUGCUCCAGAACAUAAACUUCCCCCACCUCCCAUUGAACAUCUUCUCCGACUCCUCACACCUCGAGAAAUGAAGUUCUUCAUUAAUGAUAUUCGUAAUCGAAUUCGUGAUUGUGUUGCAGACAAAGAUGGCGCCACUAAUGGCUUCUUUACAAUCACUCCAGAGAUUCUCUGCGCUAUCACAGAAUCCCAUAUAAUGGAAGAGGGUAUUCCUGAACUAUUCCCACGGCUCCUGACUCAAUACACCUCGCCUCUACCUCAUCCUGCCGUGGAGAAAAUCACAGAACAACUAGAAAAGAUCCUGAGUAUGGAGGAAGUUUCUGUAAAUGAGGCACCAGCGAUAAGAAUUACAAGUGAUGGUGAGAUUGAGGAAGAAAACGAAUUGGAUAAGACUAUUGACCUAGAAGAGUCAUGUGACAUGAGUAUGAGUCAGUAG